AGGCCCCGUGUAGCGGCGGCUGAGGGAGGUGGAACGGGAAGGAAAGCAGGAGAAGAACGGGAGGAAGGGGAGAAAGGGAGGCCGGGCCGCGAUGCCGCUGUACGAGGGGCUCGGCAGCGGCGGGGAGAAAACCGCUGUGGUGAUCGACCUGGGACAGGCCUUCACCAAGUGUGGGUUUGCAGGAGAAACAGGACCAAGAUGCAUCAUCCCCAGUGAAAUCAAGAAACCUGAUGUCUCAAAGCCUAUCAAGGUGGUUCAGUACAACAUCAAUACAGAAGAGCUGUAUUCCUACCUGAAGGAAUUUAUCCACAUGCUGUAUUUCAGGCAUCUGCUGGUGAAUCCCAGGGACCGACGUGUUGUGAUCAUAGAGUCGGUCCUGUGCCCUUCACACUUCAGAGACACCCUCACCAGGGUCCUUUUCAAGCAUUUUGAGGUACCUUCUGUUUUGUUUGCUCCAAGUCACCUGAUGUCUCUCCUGACACUGGGGAUCAACUCUGCCAUGGUGCUGGACUGUGGAUAUGCAGAAAGCUUGGUGCUGCCUAUCUAUGAGGGAAUUCCAGUCCUGAGUUGCUGGGGUUCCCUUCCCCUGGGAGGAAAGGCCAUCCACAAGGAGCUGGAGUAUCAGCUGUUGGAGCAGUGCACGGUGGAUACAGGACUGGCCAAAGGACAAAGCCUUCCCUCCGUGAUGGGCUCAGUCCCAGAAGACAUAGUAGAGGAUAUAAAAGUGCGUACUUGCUUUGUGAGUGAUCUCCAACGGGGGCUGAAAAUCCAGGCAGCCAAGUUCAACAUUGAUGGCAGUGCUGAGCGUCCCUCACCGCCUCCAGAUGUGGACUAUCCUUUGGAUGGAGAAAAGAUUCUCCAUGUAGUUGGCCCCAUCAGAGACUCCGUGGUGGAAAUCCUGUUUGAGCAGGAUAAUGAGGAGACAUCUGUUGCCACUUUGAUCUUGGAUUCACUUGUUCAGUGCCCAAUAGACACCAGGAAGCAGCUGGCAGAGAACCUGGUGGUGAUCGGGGGCACGGCAAUGCUGCCGGGGUUCCUGCACAGGCUCAUGGCUGAGAUCAGACACCUGGUGGAGAAACCCAAAUACAAGGAAGCUCUUGCCACUAAAACCUUCAGGAUUCACACUCCCCCUGCCAAAUCCAACUGCGUGGCCUGGCUGGGAGGAGCCAUUUUUGGAGCACUCCAGGACAUCCUUGGGAGCCGCUCUGUGUCCAAGGAAUAUUACAGCCAGACAGGCCGAAUUCCCGACUGGUGCUGCCUCAACAACCCACCUCUGGAAAUGAUGUUUGAUGUUGGAAAAGCACCCCCACCACUGAUGAAAAGGGCUUUUUCCACAGAGAAAUAAGCAACUAAAUCUACACAAAGAUUCUUCCCCAUUUCAAUUACAUCCAUUGGGGUUUGUUUUUUGUUCUUUAAUUUGUGUGUAACACUAUUAAAUGUAAACAAUGUGUUCAUAGGUGUUGUCAGGGUAGGCACUAACACUAUUGAAAACCCUAUCCAGUUAUAGUUUACAAACUCUGGCAACUCCUCUGCUCUUUUGUCUUGUUUUGGAGAAAUUCUGUCCCCUCACAAGCUGUUCCCUACUGAGUUGUUUAUUAUUUAUCUGUAUAGUAAAUGGCAUUGCUGAAAGAAGUUGGUUUAAAUACUUUCAUUUUUAAGCAUGCUGAGAAGAAUGAACGGCACUAGGGAAACAUCUAUGGGAAUUUUUGGUGCCAAAGUCUGUACUAAAAUAAUCCACC